CCCCGCGCCCGGCUCAGUCCCCGGCGCGCGCGGAGGAGAGCGGUCGCGGUGCCUGCGCCCCCGAGCUGGCGCCGCAGGACCCCGCGCGCCACGGCAGCCGCCAUGUCCACCCUGCUGGAGAUCAAGAGCAGUGUGCUCAGGCAGGUGCAGGUGUGCCCGUCGUUCCGCCGCAGGGCCGAGGAGCCGGGCAGCGCCAGCGCCGACACGCAGGAGGCCGUCGUGGGUGCCUGGAAACCCGGGGAUGGCGCGGAGUUCUUCGCCCAGAUGCGCGCCAUCGUGAGGAAGGGGGAAGGCAGACAGGGCCUGCCGAGCCCUGAGGUCCUGCUGCGCAGUGGCUCUCCAGCCCCGGCAGAGCCCGUGGACCCCAACCGCGGCCUGAGAGCCCUGACCCGGGAGGAGGUGGAGAUGUUGUAUGAGGAGGCGUUGUACACCGUCCUCUACCGGGCAGGGACCAUGGGCCCCGACCAGGUGGACGACGAGGAGACCCUCCUGGGCUACCUGCGGCAGGUGUUUGGCACCAGCCCCGAGGAGCACGGCGAAGCCAUUGAGCGUGUGAAGAAGGCCAAGGCCCCCACCUACGCCCUCAAAGUCUCCGUCAUGCGUGCCAAGAACCUCCUGGCCAAAGACCCCAAUGGCUUCAGCGACCCCUACUGCAUGCUGGGCAUCCUGCCCGCCUCGGGCGCCCCGCGCGAGCCCGGCGGCCAGAAGGAGCAGCGCUUCGGCUUCCGCAAGAGCGGCAGGCGCAGCGGCCCCCUGCCCGCCCGCUGCAUCCAGGUCACGGAGGUCAAGAGCAGCACCCUGAACCCCGAGUGGAAGGAGCACUUCCUCUUCGAGAUCCAGGACGUGCACACGGACCAGCUGCACCUGGACAUCUGGGACCAUGACGAUGACGUGUCCCUGGCAGAAGCCUGCAGGAAGCUGAACGAGGUCAUCGGCCUGAAGGGCAUGAGCAGGUACUUCAAGCAGAUCGUGAAGUCGGCCCGGGCGAACGGGACGGCGGGGCCCGCCGAGGACCACACCGACGACUUCCUGGGCUGCCUCAACAUCCCCGUCAGGGAGGUGCCCGUGGCCGGCGUCGACCGCUGGUUCAAGCUGGAGCCGCGCUCCAGCGCCUCCCGCGUGCAGGGAGACUGCCACCUGGUCCUCAAGCUCGUCACCACGCAGAGGGACACGGUCAUGAGCCAGCGCGGGCGCUCCGGCUUCCUGUCCUACCUGCUGCUGCUCAGCCGCGUGCUGCGCUUCGAGCACCGCGCCCAGGAGCCCGACUCCAGCAGCUGGCGCGGCGAGCUCAGCGGCCCCGGGACCACCGUCCUCUGCCUCCACGGAGCCCAGAGCGACCUGUCGCCCUUGCAGCUGGCCGUGCUGCACUGGCAGGUCAGCAGCCGCCACCAUCAGACCCGCACGCUGGACUACGGCUACUUGCUGGGGCUGCUGGAGGACAUGCAGGCGCACUGGGAGGAGGCGGCAUCGCUGCCCCAGGAGCAGGAGGAGAGCCUGGCUGACAGUUUCUCCGCCUUCUCCGAGUUUGGGCUGCGGCUGCUGCGCCAGCUCCGCCACUACUUCCCUGCCACCAACAGCACGGCCGUGCACCGCCUGGAGCUGCUGCUGAAGUGUCUGGACAAGCUGCAGCUCUUCCAGCCGUCCUUUGAGAUCUGCCCGUUCGAGACGGAGCUGAACAUGGACAUUGCCGCCGCUCUGAAGAGAGGCAACCAUGAUUGGUACGAUAGACUCCUGAGUGCCAAGAGCCCUCGAGAGCAGCCGGGGCCGCAGCGCCUGGCCGGGCUCAUCAAGCUGGUGGACACCGUGUACGAGGACCUGCAGUCCUGCUACGGCGUCUACGCCAGCCUCUUCCACAGCAUCCUCAAGGUGGACUUCUUCACCCUCACCUUCCGGCAGCUGGAGCGUCUGAUGGCCGAGGAGGCGUGGGUGCUGACGGAGGAGCUGGGCCCCAAGAUGACCCCUGAGGUGGCCUCGGGGCUUCUGGAGCUCUACCUGACCCUGGCGGACACCCAGCGCUUCUGGGGCUGCAUCCCUGGCCGGGACAGCCGCGCCCUGGCCCUGGCCGGCAUCCACGUCCCGUUCCUGCCGGCCGUGAAGCUCUGGCUGCAGGUGCUGCGGGACCAGGUCAAGUGGCGGCUGCAGGGAGCCGUGGAGGCGGACGCGCUGGAGCCCGUGGACGCCUCCUCCAAGCACAGCAGCUCCGCGGCCACUGCCAGCCUCUGCUUCAGCCACGUGCAGGAGCUCUGGGCGCGCCUGGCGUGGCCCGAUGCCGCCCAGGCCCAGGCCCUGGGCCUCCAGCUCAGCCAGGACAUGUGCGAGGCCGCUCUCCUGUACGUGGAGCUGCUUCGGAAGAAGGUGGACAGCCAGCCCGGGGCGGCCGAGGAGCCGCUCUGCGUGGUGCUCAACGACGUGGAGCAGGUGCGCAAGGCUUCGGGGCAGGCGCUGCGAGGCCUGGUGUGGCCGGAGGGGGCCGCCGCGGCCCCGGCAGCGCUGCCCCGCCCCCUGCUCAGCUGCGUGCAGGCCCUGGACGAGGACCUGCAGCGGGAGGCCGGCACUGUGACCGCACACCUCACGGCCAAGAUGGUCGGUGACGUCAGGAAGUACGUGCAGCACAUCAGCCUGUCUCCUGACUCCAUUCAGAACGACGAGGCUGUGGCCCCGCUCAUGAAGUACCUGGACGAGAAGCUGGCCCUGCUGAGCGCCUCCCUGGUGAAGGACAGCCUGAGCAGGGUGCUGGAGGCCCUCUGGGAGCUGCUGCUGCAGGCGAUUCUGCAGGCGCUGGGGGCAAACCGCGACGUCUCCGCUGACUUCUACGGCCGAUUCCACUUCACGCUAGAGGUGGGUGCGAGCCGGCCCCCAUCCCAGGAGGGUCUGCCCUUGGCCGUUCCCCUCACAGCCCGUCCGGCCACCUGGCUGGCCUCAGGUGCAGGCGCUCUCCAGCCUCCACGGGGCCCCGAUGCGCCCCGGGCCCGAGAAGCGGCUCCACCCGACCCCGGCCCCCGCGACGGUGUCCAUCUUCCCCUGCCCCAGGCUUUGGUCGGUUUCUUCCACGCCGAGGGCCAGGGCCUGCCCCUGGAGAGCCUGAGAGAUGGGAGCUACAAGAGGCUGGAGGAGGAGCUGCGGCUGCACCAGUGCUCCACGCGCGAGUGCAUCGAGCAGUUCUACCUGGACAAGCUCAAGCAGGGGUCCCUGGGGCAGAACCGCUUCGGCCGCCUGAGCGUGCGCUGCCACUACGAGGCGGCCGAGCAGCGGCUGGCGGUGGAGGUGCUGCACGCGGCCGACCUGCUGCCCCUGGACGCCAACGGCCUGAGCGACCCCUUCGUCAUCGUGGAGCUGGGCCCGCCGCACCUGUUCCCGCUGGUGCGCAGUCAGAAGACGCAGGUGAAGGCCCGCACGCUGCACCCCGUCUACGACGAGCUCUUCCACUUCUCCGUGCCCGCAGAGGCGUGCCGCCGCCGCGGCGCCUGCGUGCUGUUCACCGUCAUGGACCACGACUGGCUGUCCACCAACGACUUCGCGGGGGAGGCGGCCCUCGGCCUGGGCGGCGUCAGCGGCGUGGCGCGGCCGCAGGCGGGAGGCGCCGCGAGGGCCGCGCAGCCGGUCACCCUGCACCUGCGCCGGCCCAGGGCCCAAGUGAGGUCUGCGCUGAGGAUGCUGGAAGGCCGGGCCAACAGGGAGGCCCAGGAGUUCGUCAAGAGACUCAAGGAGAUGGACAAGUGCAUGGAGGCGGACCCCUGAGGCCCCCCGCGGCACCCGGCGCCCCCCCCCCCACCGCUGUGUGCUGAGUGCUGAGUGCUGUGGCACACCCUGCUUGUCUGCAUCUCUGGUGUACGCUGUGACCCUCAUGCCCCAGCGCGCCCCGCUAGGACAGGCCUGGCCCUGGGGUGCUGUGCUCCCCAGGAAACCACAGGCGGCGUCAGGGUGUGGCCCCAGGCGUCGGAGUGGCCCCGCGGGGACCUGGCCGGGGGCUCUGGAGGGAGGUGGUCCCUGCAGCCCCAGACCCGACAGAGGCCAGGACCCCCAGCGUGGACGCGCGCAGGCCCCCUGCCCUCGUGGACGGCUCCCCAGGCUGGCGGUCAGCCGCUCCCUUGGUGCCCACGCGUGUGGCCACCCGGCUCCCUCCGCUGGGCGGGGUCUCCCUCAGCCGCGUGGGGAAGCAAGAGGCUCACGCUGGGCCUUGGCCGGCAGCUUCAUUGCGCAGUGCCCGCCCCGCCCGCCCGCGACAAUACAGUGUGUGCAGCUUC